UAUUCAACCAUUUUUACACUUCCCCACUGCUUACCUUCAUUUUUUCAAAAACCCUACAACUCUUUUUGUUUUGACAAUGGAGGGUCGUUCUGGUUUGUUAAUUUUACUCUUUGUUUUGGCUGCCAUGGCAGCAACUUCUGUCUAUGGCCAAGGAACGAGAGUUGGUUACUACUAUAAGACUUGUCCUCAAGCAGAGUCCAUUGUGAGGUCAACUGUGCAAUCUCAUUUUCGCUCAGAUCCUACAAUUGCUCCUGGCUUGUUGAGGAUUCAUUUUCAUGAUUGUUUUGUUCGUGGAUGUGAUGCUUCAGUUCUUCUCGAAGGACCUAACUCCGAGAGAACAGCUCCUCCAAAUCGAUUAUUGCAUGGAUUUCACGUUAUCGACGAUGCUAAAAAUCAACUUGAAGCGGCAUGUCCUGGAAUUGUUUCAUGUGCUGAUAUUCUAACUCUUGCUGCCCGUGAUUCCGUUGUCUUGACCAAUGGACCAAACUGGGCAGUGCCUACAGGACGUAGAGAUGGAACAGUUUCAUUGGCAUCUGAAGCUCUGAAUUUGCCUGGAUUUACUGAUUCUGUUGAUGUGCAAAAGCAAAAGUUUGCUGAUAAGGGUCUCAAUACCCAAGAUCUUGUUGUUCUUGUUGGUGGUCACACUAUUGGUACUACAUCAUGUCAAUUGUUUAGAGAUAGAUUAUUCAAUUUCAACGGAACUGGAACACACGAUUCUACUAUUAAUCGUAUGUUUUUGCCUCAACUGCAAAUUCUUUGUCCAGAAAAUGGUGAUGGAUCAAUGCGUGUUGCAUUAGACACUGGUAGUGUAAAUAGAUUUGACACAUCUUUCUUUGCAAAUUUGAGAGAUGGCAAAGGAGUUCUUCAAUCUGAUCAAGCGCUUUGGAGCGAUGCUUCAACAAGAAUUUUGGUUUAACAUUUUUUGGGUGUUAGAGGCAUGUUCGGAUCAGCCUUCAAUAUUGAAUUUGGACGAUCGAUGAUUAAAAUGAGUAACAUCGAAGUAAAAACUGAUACUUCAGGUGAAAUUCGCAGAAUUUGUAGCACGAUUAACUGAUAUUAUAUAUAUAUAUACUUUAUUGUUAAAGUUGCAAAGUUCUAAAAGGAUAUACUACAUAGUUUGUUUAUUAUUUGUAUAAUGUAAGUUGUAUUUAAGUAUUCAGAUUAAGCACUAUAUAAUAAAAUUAUAAUAAGAGACAUAUUGUGACAA